CUGCGGAGCCGAGCCGGGGAGCGCGGCCGGCGCGGCAGGCUGGCAUCGAGUUCGCGGCUUCCGGGAGGCGCUGGGGUCGGAUAAAUACAUCCCGGGCGCGCGGGGAGCGCGGAGCCGACCGCGCCGUGCUCCGCAGGGCUCCCGCCGGCCGACACAGGCACAGGCACAGGCGCGGCGCCGCUCCUCCUCCUCCUCGCGCGUCGGGCGCGGAGCCGCGGAGAGCGGCGGGCUCGGCCGCCGGCGCCCGGGCCUCUGAGCCGAUGAGCGGCGGCGGCUGAGGGCCGCGGCCUCUGCCCGCCCUCCGCCCGGCGCCCGCCGGGGCCGCAGCCCGGGCGCGGGUGGCCGGCCAUGGGGGCGCAGUGACGCCGCGGCAGCCGAGCGUCCCUGCGAGCGGCGGGCCCUCCUCGGCGGCGGCGGCGGCGGCGGCGCCGGGCCCGCGCGCUCUGCCCAGGGCCCCGCGGGAGCCUCCGCUGCGCUCUAUGCGCCUCUGCGCGCGCCGCGAACCCGGGCCAUGGCGAUAGACCGGCGGCGCGAGGCGGCGGGCGGCGUCCCUGGGCGGCUGCCGCCCGCGGCCGAGGAGAACGGCGCCCUGCCGCCCGGGGACGCGGCGGCCUCGGCGCCCCUCGGGGGACGCGCGGGCCCGGGCGGCGGCGGCGACAUCCAGCCGCUGCCCGCCCCGCACGCCGCCGGCGGCCCGCACCCGAGCCUCCUGUUGCUGGACUACGACGGGUCGGUGCUGCCCUUCCUCGGGGGCCUGGGCGGCAGCUACCAGAAGACCCUUGUGCUGCUCACCUGGAUCCCGGCGCUCUUCAUCGGCUUCAGCCAGUUCUCGGACUCCUUCCUCUUGGACCAACCCAACUUCUGGUGCCGCGGGGACGGCAAGGGCGCCGAGCCGGCGGGGGUCACGGCCACGGCCCGGGGGGGCGGCGGCGACCUGGCCAACUGGACCAGCCCCCCGACCACCCCCUUCUCCACCGCCGCCUGGGGGACGGCGGGCCCCCUCGGCAACGGCAGCGGCGCGGAAGGGGGCGACGCGCCGCCCCUGCAGUCCCCUCCGGACAAGGGGGACAACGCCUCCAACUGCGACUGCCACGCGUGGGACUACGGCCUCCGCACAGGCCUGGUACAAAACGUGGUCAGCAAGUGGGAUCUUGUGUGUGAUAAUGCCUGGAAGGUCCAUGUCGCUAAGUUCUCCUUACUGGUUGGAUUAAUCUUUGGCUACCUGAUAACUGGAUGCAUUGCUGACUGGUCCGGCCGGCGGCCCGUGCUGCUCUUCUCCGUCAUCUUCAUCCUCGUCUUUGGACUGACCGUGGCGCUGUCUGUGAACGUGACCAUGUUCAGCACGCUCAGGUUCUUUGAAGGAUUCUGCCUGGCUGGAGUGAUUCUCACCCUGUACGCGCUACGCAUAGAGCUCUGCCCCCCGGGAAAGCGGUUCCUGAUCACAAUGGUGGCGAGCUUCGUGGCCACGGCGGGGCAGCUCCUCAUGCCCGGGCUGGCCGCCCUGUGCCGGGACUGGCAGGUGCUGCAGGCCCUCAUCAUUUGCCCCUUCCUGCCCAUGCUGCUCUACUGGCCGAUCUUCCCAGAGUCCCUGCGGUGGCUCAUGGCCACCCACCAGUUUGCGUCGGCAAAGAAGCUGAUCCUGCGCUUCACACAGAAGAACCGCAUGAACCCCGAGAGCGACAUCAAAGGCGUGAUGCCUGAGCUGGAGAAGGAGCUUUCCCGGAGGCCCAAGAAGGUCUGCAUCGUGAAGGUGGUGGGAACCCGGAACCUGUGGAAGAACAUCGUGGUGCUGUGCGUGAACUCGCUGACCGGCUUCGGGAUCCACCACUGCUUCGCACGCAGCAUGGUGGGCCACGAGGUGAAGGUGCCACUGCUCGAGAACUUCUACGCCGACUACUACACGGCGGCCGGCAUCGCCCUGGCGUCCUGCCUGGCCGUGUGCCCGGUGGUGCGGCUCCUGGGGCGCCGGGGAGGCCUGCUGCUCUUCGUGAUCCUCACGGCCCUGGCCUCGCUCCUGCAGCUCGGGCUGCUCAACCUGAUCGGGAAAUACAGCCAGCAUCCAGACUCAGAGUUGCAGCUGAAGUUGGCCGUAGGAAUGAGCGACAGCGUCAAAGACAAGUUCUCCAUCACCUUCUCCAUCGUGGGCAUGUUCGCCUCCCAUGCAGUGGGGAGCCUCAGCGUGUUCUUCUGUGCAGAGAUCACUCCCACAGUAAUAAGGUGCGGCGGCCUGGGGCUGGUGCUGGCCAGCGCGGGCUUCGGCAUGCUGACGGCGCCCAUCAUCGAGCUGCACAACCAGAAGGGCUACUUCCUGCACCACGUCAUCUUCGCCUGCUGCACGCUCCUCUGUAUCAUCUGCCUGCUGCUGCUGCCUGAGAGCCGGGACCAGAGCCUGCCCGAGAGCAUCCCCGACGGCGAGCACUACACGCGCCAGCCCCUGCUGCCGCCCAGGCGCGGGGAGCAGCCCCUGCUGCUGACCAACGCCGAGCUCAAGGACUACUCGGGGCUGCACGACGUGGCCGCCGCGGGCGACGGGCUGCCGGACCGUGCCACGGCCAACGGCGGGCGGCCCAUGUAGCAGGGCCCUGGGGGCGGACCGGGCUGACCGUGGCCACGGGCGGGCCCACUCUGCUGAAGCCGCGUGGGGACCCCCGAGGAGCCCAUGUGAGGAAGAGGACUUUGCAAACGACCCUUCAAAGACUUUCCUUUCUGCCAUGAAACGUUUGUAUUUAUUUUGGUCAUUUUUAAAAGGAGCACUUUAUUCCCUUCCCUUCACGGAUCUCGAAAUGGAGCCACCUCCUCAGGAAGAGGGACGCGGUGGCCAAGGACACACUGUAAGGACCGCAGCCCGGGCUCCCCGGGAGGUCGGCUGCGCCCUCCGAGCCAGCUGUCCCCGAGGCCGUGCGCAGAGACCAACCAGCCACUGUCUGGAGCACUCCCACAGCUGUGCUUUAUUCAGACUGAAAUGUAAAUGGUUAGGGUUUUGCUAGAGUCUGUGUAAGGUUUUCUCUGUAAGGUAAGAGCUUCUGCUCCACGUGCUGGGGGAAAGCAGCUCACAGUAUCAUUAAAACCAGCUUAGUCUUUCCCGCGAGAUCAUCCUUUUAUACUUGAUGCUGGAAGCUCUUUGGGGGAAAAGCUUAACCAUUCACCAGAUCCUGAUUAGUGGCGGUAUCGCCACGGUCUUCCAAGGCAGGUCUGCUCAGCUCAGCUCCCGAGCAGCAGACGCAUCGAGUCAGAGACAAGUUACUGUUAUCACCCCUCCUCCCAGUUCAGCUCCAGCAGGAAAGUCCCCUCUUGCAGUCAGCUUUUCUGCCAGCACGACAUGAACACACGGCUACUUCCUGAACUAAAACCAACAGGAAAAUAACUAAAUAGGCAACUAAGACAGCCCCCAGGAGGGAGCGGUGCUCUUGCAAACACGGCCCGUCAGCCACAUCCCGAGCACACACGGCACAGAAAUCACCAGCUUGGAGGCCUUGGCUCCGCUGGCCGCCGGCGGAGACCCCAGAGCCCUCUGCUUCCGUCGGCACGGAGCUGGGCCUGGAGCAGGCCCCUCACUGGGGAGCUCCACUGACGGCAGCCUCCGAGAACAUCAAGACCAACUGAGAGAAGCAAUAACUCACCAAAGCUCGAGCCCCACCCGACUCCAAGGGUUUUCGCUGUGUUCCUCACUUCGUCCCCCUGCCUUUCCAGGUCAGGCUCUGCACCUGUCUGGAGCCGUUUCAGAGGAAACGCAGGAGAAUGCUGAGAAACAGCCCUUGCUGGCCAGGCAGGCACUGCCUUGGGGCAGUCCCGGGACAGCCUGGGCUCUUCCUGGAAGGGUCCACCUCCCCACGGUGCCUCUGCCGUGGGCUCUUCUUCCAGGGAAGGCGUGGCCCUGGGUCUGUAGGAAGCAGCGAGGGGACUCCCAGCCCACGGCUGCCCAGACUCCGAGGCCCAGGAGAGAGGUGGAGUGCGUCCCCACCCGCCUCCUGUCCCCUCCAGUCUGUCUUGCCAUCCCCCCACGGUGCCCCUACAAGCUGGCGGCCAUGGGGAGGAGCCGCUGGCUCGGUGAGAACGCCGUGAAGAGGUGAGCAGACUCGCAGGCCUGUGUGGUGCCAGCAGCUACACCGCCUGGUCCCAGGGCCACCAGCCCAGCCCCUCAUGGCCCUGCCUUGUGUCUUGAGUCACGUCUGUUCUGUGUUUCAGCGUCCGUCCGCAUUCACCUUAAUCUACAAGGCCUUUCUUCACACCUGUGCAGCUUGAGUGCCAAACCUGGGAAGCACCUUAGUCUCUCUCAGCAUGCCGGCCGCAGGGUCCCCAGUCCAGGGCGGGAUGUGCAGCGCAGGGCUGGCAGGGUCCCUGGGCCACACCUGCCAGGUGUGUCUGCACCCAUUACCCCAGCUCCAGGACACCUUGCAGCCAGGCCGCUCCCUGGACCCCAGGCUGUGUGUGCCCUCCUGCUGGCCGUGUAGACCUUUAGGGAUCAUGCUCAAGCCGCAGGGGGCAGCCGGCACCUCCAGGAAGGCGGGCACAGCACUCCCAGACCCCUGUUCCAAAGUCCGAGGUCCAUCUUAAGUGACAACAGUAGACCCUGGUCCCACGGAGCCCAGCACUGUGACCGCAGUGGUCAGGAUUAGCUCGUAGACUAGAAGAGAAGCUGGCUGCGAGGGCGGGGCUCCCGGGACCAAAGCCCAGCAGGUGUGAGGGAGGGGGAGGUUCCUGGCUCCUCCGUGCCCCCUCCUGCGGCCCUGGGUCAGGCUGGUCCCCUGAGGGACAGCUGUGAGUGUGGCCAAAGCAGAAAAGCUUCCUGUGGGCCGAGCCCCGUGAGACCCCCACACCACGCGGGCGAGGCAGCCCCAAGCCCAGCCGGGGCCGGUCCUGCCUUGCUCCGUGAGACCCCCAUGCUCACGCGUGGACCCCACAGCCCAGGUCCCUCCGUGCUUAGUGGAGAGACACUUCUCAGGCACCUGCCGCUGCACGUUCGCCGCCCGGCUCACCCAGCCCGCUGCCCGGGAAGGUCCAGCUCCUCCUCUGGCAUCACGCCACACCCUCAGUCCCAGCCCCCCGGGAGCCGGGACCCCCUUCCAACGAGUCAGGCACAAACGUGAUCCUCCUGCCUUCUGUUCCUGUCUGGAAACCAGUAACAACUCACCCGAUACCCUGCCUGUUAGCACCCAAAACACACAGUAAAAGUUUUCUGAAAGACUAUAUGACCACUUGCAACUAGGGGCAUGGGGGCUGGCAAGCUGGUCCGGCCACAGAACAGCAAGAGAAAGAAACCGCCCAGAGGAAGUACUGCCCGCAAAUACCACUUCCUGGCGCCACACGAGGGCGGCUGAGGCGCCGCGAAAGGACAAGCCCCUGGGCCACAGGGUGGUGGCGACGCGGUGCAGCCUCCGUGCCGCUGGGGGUGCCCUGGUGGCCCAGCAGCCCCGGGCUGGAGGUUUCUGUGUGAGAACCAUGUGGCCUGCGUACGGAUGGGACGCCUGGAGGUGCCUGCUCCCAGCACAAACCUGCACCCAGUCCUGGCCUGUCCUUCCACGUUCCUGUCUGCAUGACAUCACAGCUGUUGUACCCUGGGGGGAGAUUUGUAUGUAAAUGUACAGAAAUAAAAAUGUUGCCCCAUUAACAAACUUCCUCUGCAAUGUCUUCCCUACCUCAUCUGAUGGUAUCCAGUGAAGGGCAUUUCAUGACCACUAGCUACGAGUAAUAAACUCUGUUGAUUCAGG